AUGGGCAAGUGUCGACCAAUAUGUGUGGUUGUAAGUAGAGGAACGACCUUUACUCCGGAGAAACCAAAAAAAUCUAGAUGGAGAAAACAAGAUGUUGAAGGCAGAGCAAAAGUAAAAUCACGAACACGUAGAAAUCUUGGCCACAGUUACUUAGAUUCUAGAGGUCGACAACGAGAAGCUAGAGUAUUAGGUCCCCCAUGCCAGUGCAAGAAGAACUGCAGACAACUUCUCCAAGGAACUGAAUCCAGUAUAUUCAACUCAUUUUGGGACUUGAACACUUAUGACAAACAAAAUACUUAUCUAUUCUCUACUAUAAAAGUUAUACCGAAAAAGAGAAGCUACAAAAAGGAGACUAAACGGCAGGAAUCGGCUCGAAAAGUAAUGAAUCAAUAUUUCGUCAAGGUAAAUGUAGUUGACGUUCAAAUAUGUAAAAUCGAGUUUUUAUCUGUCCAUGGUCUUCAAAACUCCAGUAAGCGAUUGAAAUUUAUUGCUCGGCAAAUUUCCGAAGGCAGAACAACUCCAAAGAGGGAUGGCAGGGGCAAACACCAAAACAGGCCCAACAGAACGUCUGCAGAAAGAGUUCAGUCUGUUCAUGACCACAUUCAAGCUAUUCCAAGAUAUGAUUAUUAUGUUGAAUGGUGCAAGGAACGUGCAAUAGCACCAGUAGAAGAAGACCGGUAUAGGAGAAUAUUCUGCUCUGAGUACAACAUAGGUUUUAAGUUGCCCAAGAGUGAUACUUGCCAUACGUGUGAUCUCCCAAAUAACCAAAUGGAAGCCAACAAAGAAAACCAAGAUGAAUAUAACAAACUCAGGAUACAACUGCAGCUUCAUCAGACGAAAGCAGUUGCCAUGCAGGAAUGUUUGAGAAAAGAAGUAUUAGACAAUGCAAAAAAUUACACAAAGUAUAAUAUAUCUUUUGAUUUGCAGCAGACUCUUCCCACGCCUUCGCUCACUAUAGGCCCUGCUUUCUAUCUACGCAAGGCUUGGACAUACAACCUUGGCAUUCACGAUUGUGUCAGUGGCAAAGGUAGUAUGUUUCUGUGGGCCGAAACUACUGCAAAAAGGGGAAGAGAUUGCAAGCAUCCUACUAAAAUACUUACAAGAGAAGACUUCCACCAAAGAGCACCUAGUGGUUUUUACGGAUAA